ACCAAGAAGCACCCUCCGAACCACAUCAAGCGCCCGAUGAACGCCUUCAUGGUGUGGUCGCAGAUGGAGCGCCGCGAGAUCGUCAAGUUCGCGCCCGACACACACAACGCCGAGAUCUCGAAGCAGUUGGGGCGCCGCUGGAAGCUGCUGACGGAGGAGCAGCGCCGCCCGUACCGCGAGGAGGCCGAGCGGCUGAAGCAGCUGCACCUCCGCGAGUACCCCGACUACAAGUACCGUCCGCGCAAGAAGUCGAAGGACCCGCUCAAGGGCGUGUCGGAGCGCAGCGGCGGCAAGGUGGCCAAGGUGCACCAGAUGAACAGCAUCUGCAAGGAGUUCGCCAGCAGCAUCAAGACGAGCAGCAAGGACUGCGCGCAGGCGGGCAAGACGGGCUUGCCCCAGGGGCACCAGAUGGACAUGCAGGCGCUGGACGACCCCGUCGGCUGGUCGUUGCCGCUCACGCCGACGUCGCCGCCGCGCGUGCCCACCAGCCCGACCACCUCCGACCUGCCCGACUCUCCCGAGAGCGCCUUCAACUUCGAUGAGCACACCUUCGUCAGGUCGACGUCCUUGGCCCCGACGCAGACGUACUGCGCGAGGAUCGAGAGCAUGACGCGCUCGUCCGCCGCCUUCCGCAGCGCCGUCCCGAGCGCCCUCGCGUCGCCGGGCAGCAGAAAGGCCGCGGCGAACGGCGGCUGCGGCGGCGCUUUCGGCGGCGCUCCCCCCAGACAACCUCCCUUCGCCGCCGGCUUCUUCCCCGAGCAGAAGCUGGCCAACAGUUUCCUCAAGCACGACUCCCUCGCCAACAUGAGUUACCUGAAGCAAGAGCCGGAAUUCGCCGAGCAGCUGUUGGCUCACCACCGCCACCAGCAGCAGCAGCAGCAGCAGCACGAGCAGGAGUUCCACCAGACGUGUCUCUACUCGCCCGUCAACUCGCAGACGUCCUUCUUCGGGCCGUCCGUCCCGGCGCUCCCGGAGCACCACCACCACCACCAGCAACCACAUCACCACCACCACCACCAUCACCACCCACAGCACCCAAAUCACCAUCCUCACCACCACCAACAACAGCAUCCGCAGCACCACCAACACCACCACCACCAACAGCAGCACCAACAGCAGCAACACCAACAGCAACAGCACCAACAGCGACACCAGCAGCAGCAGCAGCAGCAGCAGCAGCAGCAGCAAGUGCCCGUGGUCAAGGUGGAGGCCCCGGAGGCGCACCCGGCGACCCUCGACGACCUCGACAACAUCGGGGUCACGGAGCUCAUCCCCAUGACCUCUGACCUGAAGGUGGAGCUCGAGUCCCUGGCCGACCUGGGCUACGAGUCGGGCGGCUCGGUCGGGGGCGGCGGCGGCAACGGCGGCGGCGGCAACGGCGGCGGCGGCAACGGCGGCAACGGCGGCUGGGCGAGCGUGGGCGUGGCCUCGUCGUCGCCGUCGAACGUACUGGCCGACUUCGAGAUCAUGAACGCCUGGAUCAACUCGUGAGCGCCGCCGGGUGCGGACACGCGCGCGCGCUCUCACAUCGGCUACUGUUCAUGUCUUUCAAAAACUUCUCUCUUGUAUUAAUUCAACGAAUUUCGCCAAUGCGGCUGUAUAUUGUUGUUGUUAUCAUCUUAAUUAUUAUUAUUAUCACUAUUAUUUUAUUUUUCUUAUUUAUUAUGACUGUUUCUUCUUAAGGAACUUGUUUGGCGAAGCGGAAGUGCUGCUGUCGGGAGUCAAGUGUCUGCUGAAGUUGUUGUUUUAAGCUCAACGACUCGCAUUCACGUGUACAUAAUGCAGUAUAUAUACAGUAUAUAAAUCGUUACCGGGUAUCUGUAGUAAUAGUUACCAGUUCAAGUUGAUAAGUUAUGUGCUUGCCCAGUAUUUAAGUUCUUACCUGAACAAAACUGUACCUCUAGUCAGUCACACGAGAUCAUACUAAGGAGAAAAUUGAACAAAACCCAUAUACUAAAUAUGUAAGACAGAUUGCUAUGCUUCAUCGAAUCUGAAAAGAGCUGUUUUUCUUGCAUAAUCUGUGUUUAAACUCACUGUUAAUUUUGCUUACGCUGUUUUUUUUUGUAUAAGGGAGUUAAACAUCUAUGGUACUUAGAUAUGUAUUAUGUUUUACAGGUUAUGUAACACACACAUGUUCAGA